AUGUCUGGACACGACAACGUUAUCCUUUUAGAACAGACAAACCAACUAAAAUGCUUGUACACAAUUGUACGUGACAAAAAUACAAAACGUGGGGACUUUGUGUUUUAUUCUGACAGAAUUAUUAGGCUACUAGUUGAAGAGGGAUUGAAUCAGUUGCCAGUUAAGCCAGUGACGAUUGAAACUCCAACGGGUUCCACAUAUGAAGGUUCUCAAUUCAUGGGUAAGAUAUGUGGUGUCUCGAUCAUUAGAGCUGGUGAGUCGAUGGAGGCGGGUCUUAGAGAUUGUUGCAGAUCUGUUCGUUUAGGAAAGAUUUUGAUUCAAAGAGACGAGGAAACGGCAACUCCAAAGUUAUUCUAUGUGAAGUUACCUGAAGAUAUUAGUGAAAGAUAUGUUUUAUUGUUAGAUCCAUUAUUAGCUACCGGUGGUUCUGCAGCAAUGGCUGUUGAUGUUUUAAUUGAAAAAGGUGUUAAGCCAGACAAAAUUUUGUUUUUGAAUGUGUUGGCUAGUCCAGAAGGUAUCCAAGUUUUCAAGGAAAAGUAUCCAGCUGUUAAGAUUAUUACUGGUCACAUCGACGAAGGUCUCGAUGAAAAGAAGUACGUUGUUCCUGGUGUUGGUGACUUUGGUGACAGAUACUACUGUAUAUAA